AUGAACAAUAAGAGUACAAGACUUAAAAGAAUAGGAGACAAGAUGGAAUUCGAUAUGGAAUAUAAUCUACAAAGCGGAAAAGUUAUAGGCUAAGGUUCGUUUGGUAGUGUUUACAAAUGUGUUUCAAGUGAAGACAAUUAGGAAUGGGCUAUUAAAAUUAUAGAAGUAGUAGAUAGAGAAGAAUAUAAGGGAUCAGCAGAGCAUGAAAUGAACAUAUUCUUAUAAAUGGAUAGCCACCCAAAUAUCAUUGGUAUUAAGAGAAUUUACACUUGGACAAAUGACAUUACUCAUAAAUUUUCAGCUGUAAUUGUUCAAGAACUAGCAGAUAAAGGUCUUUAUGAUGAGUAUUAAUAAAGAAGAAAGUUAAAUGCUAUAUUUACAGAAGACGAGAUCAUGAAUUACUUAAAAUAAUGCAUAGAUGGAUUAUAUUUUAUCAUGUUAAAGAAUGGUAUUUAUCACAGAGAUAUUAAAACAGAAAAUAUCCUAUUGAAAAAUAACCAAAUUAAAAUUACUGAUUUUGGUGUCAGCAAAAGCAUUUAAGCAGAAAAAAUACGUACUUUAUAAUCUAAUACUAUAACAGGUACACCACUUUUCUUGAGCCCUAAAUUAUGGGAAGGUUACAUCAAGAGAAGUGAAUUUAAUGUUUAGCACGAUUUAUAAAAAUCUGAUAUUUUCAGUUUAGGUUUGGUCUUUUUGUAGCUUGCAUUGCUACUUUCAAAUUAGGAGAUGGCUGGAUUAAAUCAGCCAGAAGGUGAUAAAAAGCUUAUACCUUUAUUGAAUAGGAUACGUUCUAUGAAGCUAAGAACAAUAUUAGCAGCUAUGUUAGCUUUUGAAGAAAAGACAAGAGCUGAUUAUGCAACAAUCGUAAAUUUCUUUAGCAUGAAAGAAAUAGACUUUAGUAAUGGGAUUAUAAACCAAUAUCUUCCAAAUAUUCUACCUAAGCUACCACAACCUCCUAUAUUUGCAUACAAUAACAAUGCACCUUAAGUUAAUGUUGCUAAUGCACAGGGAGGUUACAGACUAUAUGGAUAAAAUAUAGCUAGUCCUAAAAACACUUGCUCAAAACACUGUAAAGAAAUCGAGUUUUUCUGUGAAUAUGAAAACUGCUUUGAGGGGCUCUGUUCUGAAUGCAGGGCUAUUCAUGCACCUAGUCAUAAAAGCAAAAUUAUGGCUUAUUCUUUAGCAGUAUCAAAAUACAUAGAUUAAAAUAUUCUAAGUCAAAGCUACAUGAAGCUUAAUGUAACAUUGAAUAAUGAAGUUAAAGGAAAAGUAGGAAAAUAUUUAGUCACUUUUAGAGAAGAAAUGCAAAAGGCAUGUUAGGAAAUGAAAAAGCAAAUCAAUUAAGCCUUAGAAUCAACUGUAAAUAAAUGGCAGUAAGAUAUAGAAAGUAAAUUGCAGAGUUCAGGAAGAGAUGCAGAACUUGCAUAUUUGUAAAUCAAAACAGAUGAGAGAAUUCUGUAAGAAAAUUAACAGAAGUUCAAAAGUUCUCCUACAAAUUAUUUCUAUCUUUAAAUGAUAGCAAAGCAGUAAUUGCAAUUAGAAUCGAAUCUGUCUUGUGCUAGUGAGAAAGUUUAAAGAAUCUAAUCUGACAUUUAAAAUAUGUCUAAAAUUGAAUCUAUGUAUCUCAAUACAAUGAAUUUAUCCUACACCUUCGCAAAAAGCCUUAGCCAGUAAUUUGACUAAUUUUUCUCUGAAUUAAUAUUGCAAACUAGUGAAAAGCCUGUUUAGUAGCCAUAUAAUUCAGUGUCUUCUAGCAAAGUAAUAUAAGUCAAAGGCAAUAUAGCUUCACAUUCUUAGCCUAAUGAUCAUGGUAUAUUGAAUGGUAAUCCAAAAAGCAGUAAUUAUUUAAAUGUUUAAACUCCGAGCAAUUUAAAUGCUUCAGGUCAGCCAGUUCGCAAUAGAAGUUCAGAUACCGGACAAAGCAUAGCGAAUAAAUUUUCUAAUUUCUUUAAUGGAGUUACUGGCUCGAAGCCUUCAAAUGAGCCUUAUACUGCUAGUAAGGAGGCUGGAAGUCCUUAAAGCAGUAAAUUUUUUAAAUCUGCACAUUAAAACGAAGUAAUUGAAUUUACUCCUCUCCAUCCUACUAAAUAGUACUAUAUAACCACAUCUUAACUGUAAGACUUAAUCUUUAUAGAGUAAACAAAAUAAAAAAGAAUUCUUCUCACAACUCAAAGUGAUGGAAAAAUAAUUAAAAUAAAUCUAUAAAAUGAAGAAAAAAGUGAAGUUUCAAUAGCAAACUUAGCUCCAAGAUGCACAUUGCUUUGGCCUUCAACUAAACGUAUAAUUUGUGGCACAAAUGAUGGAAAAAUAUUUUUAUUUGAUCCCAUAAACAUGAAAAUGAUAGACCAUCCUUUUAAAGACUCACAGAAUAAUGCAAUAAUUAAUAUGACUUUGUUCGAAAAAAAACUGCAACUUUUAACUGGCUCAGUAGAUGGCUAAGUUGCUCUUUGGAACUUAGAAAAAAAGAUAAUAGAGAGAGUAUAUCAGAAGCUACAUUAGGGCGAAAUCAGAGGAAUAAUCACAAAUAAUAAUGAUUAACACAUGAUAACAGUCAGUACAGAUAAAAGCAUUAUUAUAACUGAAAUUAUGACAAAUAAAACUAUUUUCACAAAAAGCAAUGCACAUUUAAUGUCAAUUGUUGCCCUUAAAAAAAUUAAAGAAAACUCUUUCUUUACUGCAGGAGCUGAUGGUUAUGUUAAACUGUGGGAGUGGGUAGGAUAAGAAAACGAUUUAAAGCAAGUAGGAGAAAACAGAGUGCAUAAUGCUCCCAUAACAUUCCUAGACUAUUACCCUAAAUAUAAUCUUAUUGUAACUUCAUCAUCUGAUGGCGUUAUUCACUUUACUGACCCUUCUAAUUAUAGUCAAAUAGCAAGUACAUUAGCAAAGCCUCUAAAAGGAGGUGCAAAAGGCAUAUAUUGGUAGAAACCAUGCUUAUAUACAGUUGAUAGCAAUAAUAUUUAGAAAUGGGACAAUGAAAAAUUUGUUUAAAAUUUAGCAAUUCUUAAAAAAAGAGUAAAAAGUUAAAACUCAAAUUGCAAUAUUUUUUGA